AUGGAGACCCUGGAGGAAUUUGACAGCGAGUACCCGCUCACCCUGUCCUUCUGCGAGCGGAUCUCUCCCCAGGACUACGAGGCCCAAGGCCUGAGCUACACCCAGAAGUCCCUGCAGGAGCUCUUCACCCAGAUGGAGCGGAAGCCCAGCAUCUGCGAGCGGGUGGUGCGGAAGCGGAAACAGGCCGAGAACGAGAGGGGCAGCCUGGGGCAGUAUCUCAAGGCCAAGUUCUUUGCCCUGCUGCAGGGCAGUGUAAAUUACGACAACUCCCUGGGGGAAAUGGAGAUGGAGGAAAAAGUCGAGCAACUCAAACGGGAGAUGGAGAAGGCCAACGAUUAUGCCCGUGCUGCCAAGACCUCAUCCUGGAGGCCGGCCGAGAGGAGGCUCCGGAGGACUAUCCUGACGGGAGGGUUCAGCCCGACAGAAGCCAAGCUCUGGGACUCAGGCGUUCCAGCCAUGCCCAAAAUCUUCGGUUCUUUCCCAAAGCAGGCGGAGAGAAACAAUACAGACUUGAAGCAGCUUUGGGCCGGCAUGUCACCUGUCAAUCAAAAGAGCAUGGUUGACCUACGCCCGCUAAUGCUGAAUCCUGGAGGAUUUCGUCCCUCGUUCCUCACAAACAACCCUGUCCACCGGCUGAAAUAUCCUUUCCCGAGGGUUCCUGCCAGCAGCUCCCCGACCUCGUCUCCCCAAGGCUCUGGCCCUCCUUCCAGCCCCACUUCUGUUUUCAACACCCCCGUGCUGGCCAGGUUCAGAGGCAACAAGGAGGACGAGACGGACAAGGGAAGCCCGGGCCCCGAUACAAACUCUGCAGGGGCCUAAAUGUCUUUUCGUUGUAUGGGAAGAUGCUACGUGAAUAAAAAGUUUGGUGCAUGCUCCUCAGGGCAGGUGUGGCUGUGGGUCUCUCUCUGCAUCUCUCUCUCUCUCUCUCUCUGUGUGUGUGUGUGUGUGUGUGUGGCCUCUGCUUCUCAGCUGAUCCCAAUGCAGCAGAAAGUAAACAUAAUGUCUAUUUUCUUGAGUGAAAGGGAGAUGGCCAAGCACAUUGAAGUGUCCUUC